AUGGGGGCGCGGCGGGCCGGAGCCCCCGCCUUCGCGCUCGCCCCCUGGGGCGGCCUGGCCACCUCCGCCGAGGGUACCUGCUCGCGCAGCUGGUGCCCGGUUCCUCCAGCCGCGGUUGGGGCUGCCCUGUCAGCCGCCCGCCCCGCCCCUCUCCGCCCCCUGCGCCUACGUCGCCCUCCCCCCACCCCCCCCAUCCCGCCCCAACGUGCGGGCUCUCUCAUUCUCAAACCCCAGGUUGACCCAUUUCUCUCUCCCAUUGGAUCCCCUCAUCUCCAACCAUUGGCCCGAGGUACCUGUCCGUUUCCUGCGAGAGUUCAACACCGCCCGUCAGGAAGAGGCUGCGGCCUCAUUGGGCGCCUGAGGAAGGAUGGGUGGAUACUCAAAGAAUGGAGCCCCGCGUGGGCCAGUGGGAGCCCCAGAGAGUGGCCUGUCAGGCCAGUGGAAUGUCAGGGAAAUGAUCUUGUGCUUCCUGUUGAACUAAAGGUGGCUCAAUCCCAAUUUGAAGACUUCCCUUCUUUGCUUCUUUGGAUUGUGUUGAUGCCCAGCAUAAUCAGAGGAAAGGAAAAAGCAGCCAUCUGCAAACAAGGAAGAGAGCUCUCAACAGAACCAGAACCCUGCUGGAAUCUUGAUUGUGGACUUUCUGGCCUCCAGAAUUGUGAGAAAAUGAACUUCUGUUGUUUAAGUCAUGCAGUCUGUGGCAUUUUGUUACAGCAGCCUGAGUAGACCAAUACAGAUUGUUUACAAUUUGGGGCAAUUCCAAAUUAAGCUGCUAUGAACACUUGUGUCCAAGUGCUCGUGUGGACACAUGCUUUUGUUUCUCUUGGGUAACUAAAUAGAAGUGAAAUGGCUGGGUCAUAUGGUCCGUG